AUGGGAGGAAAUUCGAGAAAAUUCAAAAAAGCAGAAAAAUCUAAAAUUAAGCUGAAAGGAGCCAAACUCCCUAAAGGCACAAACAUCACGAAAACCAACUUUAAGGUGCGUAAAAUCGUCGUACCGGAUCAGCUGAAGCAGCGGAGUCUCACAGACGCAGCGGUUCUGUCUAGCAGAAACCUAAGCCUGAAGGAUUGUCUUGCAAAGCUGAAACUCAACAAUGUGUCUUCCAAAACCGAGGGUCUUCGUGGAGUGCGAGAAAUCAUCACGAAAAUGCCUUCGGAACUGCAAAGGAUGCUCAGCUCUGUGGUGAAAGAUGUCUCAAGUCUGUCCAUUGAUAUAGAGCCCGACGUGCGAAAGGAUUCGUAUAAAACGCUAGGUUGCAUAUUGGCCGCUUGUGGACCAUCAAUAAUGAUACCGUUCUACGAGGUGCUGCUAUCUUUUUUGCGCUGUAGCAUGACACACAUUCAGUCGCGAAUACAAGAAGAUUCGCUCUUGUUACUGGACGUACUAUUGCAGUACCUGCCGGAGCUGAUUGUGGCAAAUCGGGACAAAAUUCUGCCCCAGUUUUUGGAUAUGAUUUCAAAACUACGAACGGAAUCUAAACCGGGUCGCACGUUAACGAUCAACCUGGACAAACAAUCGUCGAGUACGCGGUGGCGUGUAAAGGUACUGUCCCGGUUGACGGGUAUAUUGAAGAUUCUUAUUGAUAGUAAAGCUAUGAAGGAUACAGCGAUGGAACCUCUUGAUGAAAUACCCCGUCCAACUGAAGAUGCCGAUAAUCCGUUUGCUUCGAAAGUUUCAGAUUAUCAACCGAAUAAGGCGGUGCAAAUCAAUUACACCUUCGAUGGGACAACAACCAUGUUUCUACCGAUACGAAAGCAGCAUCUCUACACAAUUUGUCCGAUGGACGUACUGUUUCGAAAAUCAAUCGGUACAGAUAAAGACCUUUCGCUAGGCGAUCGUAUUGAUGAUGGGCGAAAACUGAAAAUGUACGUAGAAAUGCUGAUGCCGGUGUUGCUCGAAUCCUGGCUAGAGGUUCGUCCUGCCGGUACCGGAUCCGACAUGGUACAGGAACACUCACUAACGCAGGAAGCUGCAGCAACACUAGAACUCCUUAUGGCUAUUUUCAUACAGCUUUGGGAGUUAAUCGUUCAGUACUGCUUAGAGACAAACAACGACGAUAUGAAGCGAUGGUUCCGUGAUGAGUACAGCUCCAAAUUUUGUUCCCACAUUCUCGCUGGGUUUCCGUAUUAUCAAUCUAGCACGGAGGUAAAAAAUCAAGGAAAGCGUUCCAAAACUGUAGCUUCGAUUUUACCCGAGAAAACGGUAGACGAUCAUUGCUAUAGGCACAAUUUCAACAUUUGCUUCUUUUACUGUUGCCUUCACGACCAGUUCCGUGGAGGAAAGAAAAAGUCCCAAACGUACGCGAAGAUUGUGGAGUACGUGAAACGGUGCGUAUUGAACUGGAAGUUCCGCGGGGCCGAAGCCACAAACUUGCUGCUACAGGUGCUUCGCUACAUGUUGCUCGACACCGACUGCAUGUCGGUAAAUCAGGAAACACGAGCACUGCUGCAAACACUGCUGGAGGUAUACAUAACGGCGAAACUUCCGCAGGAUAUUCGCAAUCGCAUUCUGGUGCUGUUUUGCGAUAUAAUUGUGCAGAACGAUUCGCUCUGGCGUCGAUACGGUCAAGAGUUAUUUACACUGUGGCUGAAAAUGUUGCCCAAUUUAUUGUGCAAACCUACAAUCGACCUAACGGUGUUGAAGGCGUUGCUUUGUUUGGGUCAGCGAGGGAAUGUUCCGUUCCUGGAGGUGUUGGAGACGAAUGCGAAACAAAUUGUUGCGAAUUUGGAUACAAUACGUGUAACGAAGGAAGUGAAACCGGGCGAAGGAUUUGUACUGAUUUGCAACUUACUGUUUUACAUUCGUAAACGGAAAUUGAUUGAAGAACUGAUCGCCUGCGAUGUGCAGGGUUUGAAAGAAAUAUCCCAAAGGGAGCGUCUUUGCAGCACACUAGCACUAAAGUUAGAAAUGUUACAAAAUUAA